AUGUCUCCUCCAGAUACAAAGCCCAUCCUCGCCCCCGCCCCUGGUCCAGAUCAGACCUCAGCACCGAACGCAGCGUCUUCAAAUGCAAACGCAAGUACUACCAGAGCAGGAGCAUCUGCACAGUCUGCGCCGCGUCCACGGCAGCGUAAAAGGGCCGUGCCCAUUGAGCCAGACUCGCUUUAUCGUGGCGCCUCUGCAUCUGCGUCAAUCUCCGCCUCGGCAGUCGGACACGGUACACAAGGUUUUUCAGGUGCAGGAGCGAAACGUGGCGCGCAGGACAGGACGGAUGGUGAACCGCGCAAACGGAAGCGCGUCGACCCAAACAUCGGGUCAAAUGCGAGUGCGAACCUAUACACGAAGCAAAGCGCAAAUGCACAUAUGCACGGUCAUGGACACCCCGGCGUGUCUUCUAGGACAGGCGCAGGAUCUGCUAUCGCGAGCGCUGUUGGAAGUGUUGCUAUCAACGGUAAUAGUUUCGGUAGUGGCAGCAUUAACAGCACUGGACUGCAAGUGGCAGGUGAUACAGAUGGUCAGCCAUCUCUGUUUGAAUUUUCGACGUUACCGACAUCAGCGUUGUACGAGUACAUCAUCCAGUUCAAUCUCGUGCCCAUGAUCUACCCGACGCCGCUGACAGCCGAUGACCCGCCACCUCCCGCUUUGCUUCUCGACCCGGCACGAAUGGCAUCACGUGCACCGACUCCCACACCACUUGCAACUCCGGCCAACCGGCCCCGCCGGAUCCGCGAGCCAAAAGAGGCGGGCCGGCGCCGAAGUACCCGUCUCAUCGAAGACGAGCUACGUGGAGGUGGCAUCGCCAGUGCACUCGACCAAGUGCCCGUGCUGGCAGAUGUUGCCGCAGUACACGGUGUGCUGGCUGCGAUCGCAGCACGGCAUUUCCGGGAAAGCAGCGUGCGCGAGGUGGAUACCCUAGCAUCGUUUAUGGGAGCUGUGAAGGCACGCGUGCGGCGGUAG